CAGAAAAAUAAUUAUUGUAAAACACAAGCGAAUAAGCGAACAGUAAUAGAGAAGCAAACGGGCAACAAGAAAACCAGUAAAUGCAUGCAACAAGAAAUGAGAAAUAAAUAUAUCUAUAUAAGAAGUAUUAACGAGCUUGUAUAUGUAAGAGUGGUUAGUUAAAUGUGUGGCGUAUGCUAGCUUGUGAAAGCUGACGGGUAAGCGGUAGGCAAAGUAUCUAGAAAAAAAGAAAACAAAAUAAUUUAAAAAAACGAAGAAGAAGAAGAAACAGUCAAGCAUAGCAAACGAAUUAACCGAUUACCCGACAAACGAUAGCCAACACUGAACACUGACGACAAAAUAAAAUUUCUCUGUGUGCGCUGUGCAUCGCACGAAUUGAAAAUCAACGAAAAAGGAGAGGAAAAAUUCUUUUUUUCAUAUUAUUGACUGGCAACGUUUUUUUGUCACACACACAUGGGAAUUUAAAUGAAGCAGUGAAACGAAAAAUUAAUAUAAACCAAAUUUUUUUAAAAUAUAGAUAAUUUAUUAAGAAAAAUUUAAAACAAUUCUGGAAAAACAGGUUUUCUUUCUUGUGCUUGUCUGUAUGUGAAAUCUAUAAGACGUUUCCAAAGUGUGUAUAUUGGCGAAUUGGCCAUUUGUAUAAAGGUGGCUGGCAAGGAUUUAUUGCCUAAGGAAAUAUUUUAUUCCAUACACUAAAUGUUUUACCAUUUGGUGGUGGUGGUGUUUGUAAAGCCGCGGUUUGACGCAGUAGCCGAAGUCACUUUCACCACGUUGCUUGAUAUUCACCACAUUGAAGACAGCUGCCUGUAGCCAUACAGGCCAAAUACAUAAGAAGCAAAAAAAAAAAAAAAAACGACAAAAACACUGACAACGACCAUUGCAGCUAACCAACCACCAUAGUAAUACAUAGCAGCAAAGCAUUAUAACCACUAUAGCAGAAAUAAAGAGCAAGACGUUGACGUCUCUGUUCAAUAUUAAAACUAAAACACGGGCUACGUUUUGUGCGUCGAGCCGCCAUUACCAAAAAGUAAAGAAAAGUAGAACUACCAACAAACUGUAGCAGAAGUAGCAGCAGUAAACAUCUGUCAAACUUUACAUAUAUUUUGCAAAUUUUAAAAAGAAUUUUUUAAAAUCCAAACAUACAUAUAAAUAAUCGACAAUUGAAAUGACCAACGCCGGCAAGGAUACCGCCUCGUUCUUUGAGAACGGUACAACCGAACAGUUUGAUUUUUGUUAUAAACUUUAUCCACAAGUUUUAAAAUUGAAGGCUGAGAAACGUAACAAAAAACCGCAGGAACUGAUACGUCUCGAUCAAUGGUAUCAAAAUGAAUUACCCAAAUUAAUAAAAGGACGAGGGAAAGAUGCUCACAUCGUAUACGAUGAAUUGGUGCAGACUAUGAAAUGGAAGCAGGCACGUGGUAAAUUUUAUCCACAAUUAUCGUAUCUGGUCAAAGUGAAUACACCACGGGCCGUUAUUCAGGAAACUAAAAAAGCAUUUCGUAAAUUACCCAACUUGGAGCAAGCCAUUACGGCAUUGUCUAAUUUGAAGGGUGUUGGCACUACAAUGGCUUCGGCUUUGCUGGCCGCUGCCAGCCCCGAUUCGGCACCGUUUAUGGCCGAUGAAUGUUUAAUGGCUAUACCGGAAAUCGAAGGUAUCGAUUACACGACAAAAGAAUACCUCAAUUUUGUACAACAUAUACAGGCCACGGUGGAACGUUUAAAUACACAAGUUAGCGGCGAAAAACCACUUUGGUCGCCGCAUCGCGUCGAGUUAGCUUUGUGGGCUCAUUAUGUGGCCAACGACCUGAGUCCAGAUCUAUUGGAUCAAAUGCCCACUGGCAAGGGAGGCGGCGGCGGUGUCGGCGUCGUCGUUCUUAGUAGUGGUUUAUCAAAGGCAAACGGUAACGUAGGCAAAGUACUCAAUGAUGCUGCCAGUGAAGAUACCAAUGAUGGAGACAAUGACAUUGCAGCAGGGCGUCGGGAGCCGCAUAAUUUAGCCGCCGAAUCGGAAACUGAGAAUGAGAAUACCAAUCCUACACCACAAGAUGGCGAUUCUAAUUUCGUAUCGAAUGAUUCCACAUCACAAGAGCCCAUUAUCGAUGAAAAUACUACACAGACUACAGCUACCACCACAACUGAUGACGGUGAUGGUGAGGCGGUUACUCCAUUGGCCUCGGAUUCUGAAAGCAAUAUGGAGCCACCAACACUUAACAAGCAUCACAAUAAUAAUGCAAAGCGUAAAGAGGCAAAUAGCAGCUCGGGUAUUGCUACCACAGCAUUGGCUAACGCCAGCAGCAAUGGAGCUGCGUCGGCGGUUACCGCUGCAGCGGCUGCUAUAUACGGCGAGAACAGCCAUUGCCUGCGUGAAUCAGAAUAUGAAGAUGAAAGCAGCAACAACAGUAAUAGUCGUGCCCAGACAACACCACUAACACCAUUACUGAUCAAUCAUAAUGAAACUAGCGCUGCUACAACGGAUACAACAGAGUCAACGUUAAGCAGCGGUAUGAUGGGUCAAAAGCGUUCUGUUAAUUGUUCCGAUGAGUUGGCUAACAGUUCAUCGGACGACUCUAAACAACCAGACAUGAAAAAGUUACGUGGUGAUUAAGAAGGACGGUGAAGAACAGAAAAAAGGGCUUAAGAAAUGUAAACAAGGUUCUUGUUUAUUAAAACAAAAAAAAAAAAAAAAACCGAAAAAAUACAAAAAAAAAAACC